ACUUCGAAAGAUCUACCCUAUUAUAGUGAAAUGUCUGGACCUGGUGGUGGACCACCCUAUCAAAUGAUGAUAAAUCCCGGUAUGGGUCCAAAUCCCUCAAAUCCACAACAACCCAUUAACUAUCAUUCCUCUGCCUAUAAAAGGCCAACUAUAUUUAUAAAUAAACGUAUCGGAGAAGUAGGUGUAGAAUUGGAACCCCACAAAAGACCGCCCCAACAAGUAGUUAAUCCACAAUUCAGACCAAUGACAAAUCAAAUGUCACAACAUCAACAACCCGGACUAUUACAUCAAUUAUUUGGUUUAGGUGGAUCUGAGUCGGGUAUUACAAGACCCACUUCAAAUAUUCCCACGUCUCCGGGAGGAUCGCAAAUGCAACAACAUAUAAGACCACUGCCGUUGCAACAACAACAACAGCAGCAGCAGCAACAGCAUGUAAUACACAAUGGUCAGCAAACAUUUAGAGCAGUGUCGGAAAAUGAUUUAUAUCUACUGGGUGCCAUAGAAAAGUUAGUCUAUCGUGUAGACUAUUUGGAGAGUAGAGUGAGAAGAACAGAACAAUUGAUUUAUUAUCUAAUGGCUGGCAAUAAACAACAAACAGAAGUACGUGAUCCCUGUCCUACAAACUUUACCAGAAUCAGCGAUAACUGUUACUAUAUAAACAGUUAUCAGGCUGUUAAUUGGAAAACAGCUAAUUCCGCUUGCAAAGCCUUAAAUUCUCAUUUGGCUGAAUUUGAAAAGGCUUCUGAAAAUGAAGAAAUUAUGGCCUAUUUAUUAAACCAACCAAAUCACCGUGGUCGUGAUUACUGGUUAGGUGGUUUAAAUCCCGGACUUUUAUGGAUCUGGGCCAAUUCAGCCAAACCCGUAAAUCCCAAUAUGAAUCUAACCUCCAUAGCCAUGUCUCACAAGGAGAAACAAGACAAAGAUACCCAAUCGAAUACUAUUGAUGUUGAUGAGAAAGAUGACAAGAAAAAAACUGAUAGUACUGACAUUUUAAAUAAUACUGUGGAAAUCGAAGGUCAGGGAAGAUGUUUGAGAUUGUCUUAUAAUUCGGCCAAACACAGUUACAAUUAUUAUGGUCAAGAGUGUACUACCAGACAUCAUUAUAUUUGUGAACAUGAAGACAAAACUUUAGAUAAUAAAAUUAAGAAAAUUGCCAGGGAUUUAAAACUAUUUGAGUAAAUCCUCGAAAAAGAGGAAUGGGUACAAUUGUAUUAAUUUUACUUGAAAAGUGAUUUUGUUUUACUAAUUAAUUUUAAGUGUUACAUAUUUGUGAGAAGAAUUUAAUCAAUUAAUACAUAAAUACUUUAGUAAUUUAUUUGUUUGUAUAAGAAUAAUAAGUUUAAAUAAAUAAUAGAAAAAUA